UCUUUUCGCCCUUUUAAAUUUGAUUCAAAGAGAAUAAAAAAUUCUCGCAUCGGUAUCCGUACUUCUCUUUCCACUACGAAGGAAGAAAGAAAAAUGGGAAAAACAAAAGGAAAAGAAAGAGAGGAGAUUUCCAUGAAGAGUAUUCAAAUUGGGGCCUUCAAAUUGCAGAAUUUGACAAUCCUCAUCUCCUAUAAUGGCCGUCGCAGGAUUUUAUCGCAGAGUUCUUCCCUCUCCUCCAGCUAUAGAUUUUGCUUCUUCCGAUGGAAAGCGUCUCUUUACUGAGGCGCUUGGAGAUGGAACCAUGGAUGGGUUUUUCAAGUUGAUUUCUUACUAUCAAACCCAAUCAGAACCUGCUUAUUGUGGACUUGCAACCCUUGCCGUUGUCCUCAACGCUCUUUCUAUUGAUCCUGGCAGAAAAUGGAAAGGACCGUGGAGAUGGUUUGAUGACUCUAUGCUGGACUGCUGUGAACCUUUAGCAAAAAUCAAAACUGACGGCAUCACCUUUGGUAAGGUUGCAUGCUUGGCUCGCUGCAAUGGUGCUAAAGUAGUAGCUUUUAGGACAAAUGAAAGCACUGUUGAUGAUUUUCGUAAGCAUGUUGUAUCAUGUUCAUCUUCUGAGGACUGUCAUGUGAUCACUUCCUACCACAGAGGAGUUCUUAAGCAGACUGGAACUGGCCAUUUCUCACCAAUUGGGGGUUAUCAUGCUGGAAAAGAUAUGGUUCUCAUUUUGGAUGUUGCGCGUUUCAAGUAUCCUCCUCACUGGGUUCCACUUACCCUACUGUGGGAUGCCAUGAACACAAUCGAUGGUGCAACAGGACUACCUAGAGGGUACAUGAUUUUAUCAAAGCUACCCAGGGGCCCGUCUAUUCUUUACACUCUGAGUUGUCAGCAUGACGGUUGGAAUAAUGUUGUAAAAUACUUAACAGAAGACGUUCCUCGACUUCUGAAAACUGAAGAUGUGAAAAGUGUACAGGAAUUACUUUCUGUUGUAUUUAAAUUGCCACCUCAAAAUCUAAGACACUUUAUCAAGUGGGUUGCAGAAGUCCGGGAGCAAGAGGAUGGGAAUGGGAAUGUAAAACUUAAUGCAGAGGAGAGAGGAAGACUAGCUGUCAAGGAAGAGAUAUUGGAACAACUACGAGCGACUGAACUCUUCAAACAUAUCAAACAGUGGUUGGCAUCUGGGACACUAUGCGAAGGCCUUGCAUCUUUGUUUGACAAAGAUGAAUUACCUGAAAUUGCUGCAACUUUUUGUUGUCAAAGGGCAGAAACUUUAGCUGCGAAACCUUGCUCAGCUGAUCGAAGUUUCUGCAGAACUGAUAUCCGCCUUUUGAAUGCUGAAAAUGAGAAGCCAGCAGUGGUAGUGUCAGGGGCUGUUGUUACUAAUGAUAUUAAAGGAGUAGAUAUGUUGGUACCUUUAUGUAAAACAGAAUCAAGUCAUAUUUCAGAUGAGUGUUGUUGUCAAUGGCCAUCUGCUGUUGAUGUUCUAACCAUAUUGUUGCUAGCACUUCCACAACAUAUUUGGUCCACCAUUAAAGAUGAGAAAUUGUUGGCAGACAUUAAUAGACUUGUUGCAGAAAACUACCUUCCUUCUUUGCUUCAGGAUGAGGUUCUGCACUUGAGACAACAAAUGCACUUUCUUAUGAGUGAUCUCAGCUGAAAUACUAUAUGAUUGCUAUAAAUUCUCAAUAACGCAGCAGAACUGAGAUCACUCUGAUUUAUUUGAGAGAUUAUAUCAUAUGAGACUAUAAAUCUCAAAUGGGGAUUUGGUCCAAAAAUGAGACUUAGGAUCCAUUCAAGAAUGGUGAACUCAUAAGAGGUACCAUCUUGAGGAUGCAUGUUGAGAAUCUUACAUUGUAAUUCACAAGUUGCUUGGACUUUGAUGACAUGACAAUUUGAGCAAUGGAGUACUAUUAAGAAAUAAAAAUAAAGUUGAGAGGCUUUGGACAA